UUUUCUUGUUUGGCGGCGCGAUCUCGUGCGGAAGAAAGUGAAAGCCUGGGACGCGUCGGAGGAGAAAGUCGAAGAGAGGAGGCGGAGGUUGCGGAGAGAGGAAGAGAAGUGGGCGCCGCCUGGUCGCUUCUGCGCGCUCUCGCCCGCGGCGGGAUAAAUGCCGGAUUCGGGGCGGCUCGCUUUAGUCACUGAGCCGAGCGGUGGGAGGACGAGGCGGAGCAGCAGCAGCAGCAGCAGCAGCAGCAUUUUCUCCGGCCGCUUCGAGUUGAGGUUGCCCUAGAUUGGAACCAUGUAUUGGCAUUUUCCUCUCCUCUUUGCUGCCUUGACGUCAACCUAUGUGUGCUUUCCUCAAAACCAUUUGUCACUGGAGGAAUUGGGAUCAGACAUUGGAAUCCAAGUUUUUAAUCAGCUGGUCAAAACCAGAGCUGGUGAUAAUGUUGUGGUUUCUCCGCAUGGAAUUGCAUCAGUGCUUGGGAUGCUUCAGCUAGGAGCAGACGGCAAGACAAAGAAGCAGCUGACUACAGUGAUGAGAUACAGUGUAAACGGAGCUGGUAAAGUAUUGAAGAAGAUAAACAAAGCUAUCGUCUCAAGGAGGAAUAAGGAUAUUGUUAAAAUUGCAAAUAUAGUUUUUGCGAACAGUGGGCUGAAAAUGGAAGCGCCUUUUGUUUCUAGAAACAGUGAGGUGUUUCAGUGCCCUGUCAAAAAUAUAAAUUUCAAGGAUCCGAAUGCUGCUUCUGACACCAUGAACCAGUGGGUCAAAAAUAAGACUGAGGGUAUGAUCGACAGUGUCCUAACUCCAGAUGAUAUUGACAGUGUUCUGACCAGACUAGUAGUGAUAAAUGCAGUAUAUUUUAAGGGAUUAUGGAGGUCCCGAUUUCAACCUGAAAACACAAAAAAGCGAACUUUCAAUGAAGGUGAUGGAAAGACUUACCAAGUGCCUAUGCUGGCUCAGUUGUCAGUAUUCCGAUGUGGCACAACAAGCACUCCUAAUGACUUGUGGUAUAAUACUAUUGAAUUGCCAUAUCAUGGUGAAAGUAUCAGCAUGUUGAUUGCUUUGCCUGCACAAAGUUCAACUCCCUUGUCUGCUAUUAUUCCUCACAUUAGCACAAAAACUAUACAGAGCUGGAUGACAACUAUGGUUCAAAAGAGAAUACAGGUCAUUUUGCCCAAGUUUACAGCAGAAGCAGAAACAGAUUUAAAAGAACCUCUCAAGGAACUUGGUAUUCGAGAUAUGUUUGAUCAUUCAAAGGCAAACUUUGCAAAAAUAACAAGAUCAGAAAACAUUCAUGUAUCUCAGCUCUUGCAAAAAGCAAAAAUUGAAGUAAGUGAAGAUGGAACCAAAGCUUCUGCAGCAACAACUGCAAUUGUAACAGCUCGGUCAUCACCUCCUUGGUUUGUAGUGGAUCGACCAUUUUUAUUCUUCAUACGGCACAACCCUACAGGUGCUGUUUUGUUUAUGGGACAAAUCACCAAACCUUGAGUACAGGAAGAGAUUCUUUCCUUCUGAAGAAAACUAAAGAUUGAUGCCUUUGUACUGUUUAAAUAUUUUUGUACCCUGUUUUUCAGCUAUGUACUAGCUUUGGGAAUGUUGGUCAUCUAGUUUUUGAAAAAGAACCUUAAGUAGCUGGAAUUCUUUAUGGAAGAAUAAAAUGCCUUUUUUUGAAAACAUUGUAAAGUUCCUUAAAACUACUGAUUAGCUCUCUAUGCUAACAACUUUUGAAAAUUCGUUGUUCUAUUUCAUAUUGUCUUUAAACCCAGUUGAAAUUAAAGGGACAAGUCUGAUUUUGGUUUGGGUUGGAUUUGCUUAUGCCUUUCUAUUACUACAAUUGGAUGAGGCAUUUGCUAUUAGAAAGCAACUGAAAGCUUUAGCAUUUUAUUUUAGAUUGUGCAUGUUGCUGAGAUUUAAACAACUAAUGACCCAAUUAAUGCCUUUGCAUUGGUGUAAUGUAAACUUGUCAUUGCUAGUAUACACUUUCUAUAGAUUUAAAUUUUAUAUUUUUUGUACAAAGGAAAAUAAAAUCAUAACGAACAGUUCAAAAGUCAAAGUGCAAGAGUCAAAGUGAUAUUGAAGGGAAAUGAUUACUCACAAUUCAGAAAGUUGAAAGUAAACUGUUACUAACAUGAAAUUUCCAUGUGAUAAAAUAAUUCUGUAAGGAUGAUCUGCACUUUGGAAUACUUCUGUUAAGUAAAUUUUCAAAAUGUUCCAUUCUGUCUGUAUGUUAGUAAUUUAUUAUAUACAGUAAGGGUGUGAUGGCUCAGUGAUCAAAGACACUGAAAUUGUUAGCUGGAAAGCUGACAUCCCAAGUUCAAGCUUCUAGUGCCGCACAACAAAGUGAGCUCCUUUUCUGGUCCCAGCUCCUGCCCACCUAGUGGUUUGAAAGCAUGCAAGUGUGAGUAGAUUAAUAGGUACCACCUCAAUAGGAAGGUAACAUUCCAUGCACCUGUAUAUAUAGCCAUGCUGGCCACAUAACCAUGGAAAAUGUCUUCAGACAACACUGGUUCCUUUGGCCAAGAAAUGGAAAUGAAUACCAUGCCCUAGAGUCAGACACAACCUUUACCUUUUUUAUUUGGAGGAAUAAUGUCAACUAUAUUCCUGAAAUAUUUGUAAGCUACAAAUAUUUUAAACCAAUAUCUUCAGAUGUAGGAGAAACUAUACAUUAUUGAAAUAGCCCUAACAUUGUUUUAAAAAUGUUAAAAUUAUUUCUCCCAACAAUAUAAUUACCCUAGGUAAAGCUGUUUUUUUCUUAUGUCCUGAAAGAAGUUUGAAACUUUUUCAUCUAUUGGAAAGUAUUUUAAUUGUUCCAAAUAAUAUGUGCUUUGAAUGUCCUUCAGAUAUGUUCCUCUUAAAGAUAAUUUUGGUACAUUUCAAUGGAAGAUUUUUGUAACAGCGUCCACAUGGAUAUGAAGCAUAUUUUUCUGUGUCAGGCAUAAAUACUCCAGACGGCUGGAUUUGGAAAAAAUGUUAUAUAUAAUCAUGGACAUCAGUAUUGGUUGUUAAAUCAAUUGGUUUUUCCAAAAUCUAUUCUAUUCAACCCUGGGAUUUUCCAGGAACUUGAUUG